AUGCCCCCGGUGCCUGCCGCGGCGUCGUCGAGCGUCCCCAACGUGCCCCCGGAGAGCACCUCUACGGGGGGCAUGUCGUCGCCGGGCAACUCCAUGGCGCCCCUGGAGAGCACCCCUACGGCUACGGGGGCCGCGGCGUCGCCGGGAAACUCUGUGGUGCCCCCGGAGAGCAACCCUACGGCGAGUCCCCCGCCCUCUGUCACGGAGCCAGAGCGGCUUUCUUUAUCCAUCCAAGAUGAAUCCUCAACUCCCCUGCUUUCGGUCGACGUCGACGACCUGCACAAGCAUGCCAUCGAGUUCUUGGAGGAAUCGAACGGAUACCCUGUCCUCACGGAUCCUGCCGCCGGGUUCGCCAAGCUACUGGAGCUGUUCGCCGCGGCCGAGUCAAAGGCCAUGUAUGCUGGAGAUCUGAAGGCGGCCGCCUCCAUCUUGAGCAAAGCUGCCGCCGAUGGCAAGCUUCCGGUGAAUCUCGCGGGCACCGCAAAGAGGCUGGCAUCUGAGGCGACGAAACUCGCGUCCGAGGUGGAGACCAGGCAUACUAUUUCCUCUUUGGCGAGGAUUCGCUCAUGCUGCUGCCUCUCGGCGUCCCAGAUAGCGCGCUACUGGUCAUGGUGCUGCACUGAUGAGUUGCCCCUCCAUCGCAGAGACCUUGAUCGGCAGGCCUUAUUUGUUGACAAGCUCUCCGCGCUCUACUGCUUAUCGAUGCCGGCUUCGCUUGGCCUCCUUCCAUACUUGCCUGCUACGAUUCCCAAGGACCAGUCUGUGCUCAUGGCGUAUAUCUAUGGUCUGAUUUUCUCAUCGGCCUCCAUCGGGCUAGUCCUGAGCCUCCACCCGAUGAAGCGCUUUGACGUGGAGCUAGCACGUUUUGUUAGCAGGCUCAGUUUUGUGGGUCUGUCAGUGCUCGUUCUCAUAUAUGUGUACUACGCAUUGUCGCCGGGUAACUACGCUAUGCUCGGAAUUUGUUCAGGGAUACUCGCUGCUGGCCAUGGAUAUGCAUGGAUUAGGAGCUGUUGCAGCAGAGCAGAGGACCCUUCAGACGCGCCAGAGGAAGUUUCAUCUGAUCACCGCAGUGAAUGA